AAAACGUUGGGACAGGAUCACGUGUCUGUGUCACAUGACACCCAUGUGAGCGUGUCGGUGUGCGGUCACAUGAGUGAAGAUGGCUGCACCAGUGACAGAGGAGCAGUUCACAGCAUUGCAGCUUCUGUUAAAGUGUGUCCCCAGGCCCCCUCGAAGGAGGCUGUGAAGCAGCUCUGUCAGGAUGGGUUCUCGUGGCGUGGGACUGGCUCCGUUGAGAGCACAGCCAGCAGCCUGUCAAUCACAGCCAAGGAGGCGCAGCAGCUGCUUGGCGCUCUGCACAGUCUCUCUCACCACGUGUUGUUCCAUGGCCUGUCUUCUCCUGAACAGCUCCUCGCUGUUUUCCCAGACACCUUCCACCCCAGCCUGAAGAACCUGCUCACCAAGAUCCUCCUGGAACACAGCCCUACAUGGAGAAACGAAGCCCUUUCCAAUCAAAUUUCCUUGCCUCAGCUUGUGGAUAUGGACUGGAGAGUGGAUAUCAAAACAGCUUCAGACUCUGUAGCCAGGAUGGCAGUGCCCACCUGCCUAGUGCAGAUGAAGGUCCAGGACGACCCAUGUCUGUGUGGACCUAGGCCGGGGGUUUCCACGGUAACCGUGGAGCUUAGCAAGGAGACCCUGGAGACCAUGCUGGAUGGGUUGGGGAGGAUCCGGGACCAGCUCUCCGCCGUCGCCAGCAAAUAGGCCUUAGACAACACAGAGCUCUGCAUGUGCUGAGGAAAGGCAGUUUACUCAUCCUUCUUGUGCUGUGCCAUUUAUAAUGGACCGUAAAAGGACAGUUCAGUGCUUUUUUUAUGCACUUCCCCUUCAACAUCUCUGAGAUACAGACUUCAUAUGUGUUAUAAAAAACCUGCAGGUAACCAUGACUAAUAUAUAAUUAGUAUUUUUUAUACGUGUCAGAAUGCAGCCACGUGACUUUUUGGUUUCCAGCCAAUAGGGGCCACAUGCUUUGAGGUAUUGACUUCAGAUUUACACAGCUGUGUUCUGGGAUUCUCUUGCGCAAGUUAUCAUCAUUGUACACGUAGUCCAAUGUUUAUUUAUUUAUUUUUUAGAACAAGUGAUCAAAUACUGUUUAAAAUGUGACAUGCACGGUUUUCUUCUGUAUUUUUCACAGUAGUGAUACCUGAGUGGUUGAGCUUUUCAGGCUGUAACUUCCUCUCUGAAAUUAUAAUAAAUGUUCCUUUUAAAAUAUGUAAAAAAAAUAAAGAGUUGCAUUCUGUGA